AUGGAUGCAACGGUAGUCGGUGUGCUUGGCGGCGGCCAGCUCGGGCGCAUGUUUGCCGAGGCGGCCAGCCGUCUGAAUGUGACGGUGCGCUUUUUGGAUGUGGGCGACAACACGCCCGCAAAGCAGAUCACCAAUGUCCCUGCCUCGGUCGGCGGCGCGCAGCACGUCGACGGCGCCUUUUCCGAUGCGGCCAAGAUCGCAGAGCUUGCGGAGCAGGUCGACGUGCUUACCGUCGAAAUCGAGCAUGUGGAUGCGGACGAGCUGCAGUCUGUGCUGGACCGCGGCCUCGUGCGUGCGGUGCACCCCGCACCGGCGACGAUCAAGCUGAUCCAGGACAAGUACGCCCAAAAGGUGCACCUGCAGGAGCGCGAGCUGCCGGUCGUCGAAUUCGUCGCGGUCGAGAACGGCGAUGUACAGGCGGCGGUCGACCGCUUUGGCCUUCCCCUGAUGCUCAAGUCGCGGACGCAGGCCUACGACGGCAAGGGCAACUUUACCCUGCGCUCUGCCGACGAGAUCCCCGCCGCGCUCGAAGCGCUCGGCGGCAACACGCGUCCCCUCUACGCGGAAAAGUGGGCGCCGUUUGCAAAGGAGGUCGCGGUGAUGGUCGUGCGCAGCGUCAACGGCGAUGUCCGUGCCUACACGGCGGUCGAGACCGUGCACGAGAACAGUAUCUGCCACAGCGUCUAUGCGCCCCUGCGCGAUGCACUGCCCGGCCUCGACGCGCGUGCGCGCCAUAUUGCCGAGCAGGCCGUCGCGACGUUUAGCGGCGCCGGUAUCUUUGGCGUCGAGAUGUUCCUGAUGCCGGAUGGCGACCUGGUCAUUAACGAGAUUGCGCCUCGCCCGCACAACAGCGGUCACUACACUAUGGAGGCGUCCGAGACGAGCCAGUUUGAGAACCACUUGCGUGCGGUGGUUGGCCUUCCCCUCGGCAGCACGGCGCUCAAGGUGCCUGCUGCGGCGAUGCUCAACAUCCUCGGCCUUGCGGACCUGAGCAAGGACAAGGACGCGAUCGCCAAGACGUACGCAGCAGCGCGGCGCAGUCUCUCUGUGCCCGGCUGCACCGUGCACCUGUACGGCAAGGCGGGGUGCCGCCCCGGCCGCAAGAUGGGCCACAUCAACGUCGUCGGCACGUCGGAUGCCGAGGUGCACGAGCGCAUGGGCCUGCUGCUUGACGAACUUGCCCUCGCCCAGGAAUCCGGCAAGAUGGGCACGCCGUGGGACGCCGCGGCGGCCGACGCCCGUGCGAAUGCGCCGGUGCCGCCCCCGAAGAAGUCGGCGGCCGACUUUUCGCACCCCCAGCCGCUGGUCGGCGUAAUUAUGGGCUCGGACAGCGAUCUGCCCGUGAUGCUGCCCGCCGCGCAGAUGCUCAAGCAGUUCGAGGUGCCGUUUGAGCUGACGAUUGUCAGUGCGCACCGCACGCCCGACCGCAUGCGCACUUAUGCGAACGACGCGCGGGCGCGUGGCAUGCGUAUCAUCAUCGCCGGUGCGGGCGGUGCCGCGCACCUGCCCGGCAUGGUCGCCGCGCAGACGCCGCUCCCUGUGAUCGGUGUGCCGGUCAAAGGCAGCACGCUCGACGGCGUCGACUCGCUGCACAGCAUCGUCCAAAUGCCGCGUGGCGUGCCUGUGGCGACGGUCGCGAUCAACAACAGCAUGAAUGCGGGCCUCCUGGCCAUCCGCAUGCUCGGCACCGGCAUCCCGGCCUACCUCGACAAGAUGCAGGCGUACAUGGGCGAGAUGAAGGACGGCGUCCUGCAAAAGGUCGAGCGCCUCCACACCGAGGGCUGGAACUACACGCUGCCGGGCAAGUAA